UUUCACAAUCAGCGUGAAUUUUACGUCAAAUUUAGAUAAUUUAGAAUAAUCUAUUUUACAUUUACUACGUGAUUCAAGACAAAUUGUCAUGAUCGUGCUUUAGUUCUUUCUCUUCAGCUUACUAUUCAUAAGAUUAUGCAUUAAAUAUCAACACCAAAAAUGGGAAAUACAGAAUCUUUGCUUCAACCUUUCAAAUCAGUCCACGCUCAACAAAUACAAUCAGCCGACAAUGUUCACAUUAGUAAUAAAGAUUACCAUAAACUGGCAACGAUGAAUCCUCCGGAAGAAUGUCCUAUGCAUCAGAAAAAUACUGUGUCGGCUCAAGCCAGUGGAUGUCCCAUCAAACACGACGAUGUUGACCCCAGGAACAUGAUGCCACCACCCAAUCAACAACCAUCCCCAGAUCAACCAUUUCCUUUGCCAACAGAACGAGAACUUUCGUCUAUACCAAAAGCUGGUACCGAUGGAGAAGUGUGGGUUUAUCCUUCGCCUCAAAUGUUUUGGAACGCUAUGUUAAGAAAAGGAUGGCGAUGGAAGGACGACGAUUUGUCUCCGCAAGAUAUGGACGUGAUAAUUAAAAUACAUAAUGUUAAUAACGAAGAAGCGUGGAAAGAAGUACUUAAGUGGGAAGCGUUACAUGCUCGUGAAUGUACCAACCCUCAGUUGAAAAGUUUCGGCGGUAGAGCCAAAGAUUACUCGCCGAGAGCUAGGAUUCGUCAUUGGAUGGGAUACGAGUUACCUUUCGAUAGACACGAUUGGAUUAUAGAUAGAUGUGGUAAAGAUGUCAGAUACGUGAUAGAUUAUUACGAUGGUGGUAAAGUUGACGACAAAUAUAAAUUUGCAAUUUUGGAUGUCAGACCUGCGUUCGAUUCGUUUGAGAAUAUUUGGGAUAGAAUGAAGGUUACAUAUUGGAGAUGGAUGUAUUCCGGAGGCGACUAAAGUAGUAUAAAUCUGUACCCCCGAGUUUUAAUUUAUUAUUGUUCCUGGAUCGUGUAUUUGCAAUUUUUAGUUCAGUACAUGAAAUGUAAAAUUAAAAUUUUCUUUAUUGUUUGAUA